AUGAAUCAGUUAGUAGUUACAAUGAUUGACACAGGGAGUAGGAUAUUUUUUAUUAACAUUCCUUCUAAUUCACUUUCUAAUAUUGGACCACUAGAGGUUUAUGUUUAUCAACAAAGAGACAAUAACACUGGCUGGGCAUGGGUAGGAUUCACUCACAAAAAAAGCGUAGACUAUGCGCUAACUAUAUCUGAUUUGGCAUAA